CUUAUAUUCCAAUUCGAAGUACAUUUUAUCGCUUUCAUAUAAAAAAUUGUUAAUUUACAAAAUUUAUUAAAAUGUAUUUGUGAAAAUAGUGUGCAAAUAUAAUAUAUAUAGACAAAAUCAAGUUUUUAAAGGCUUCGGAUUGAAAUUUGUAGGUUAAGUUAAACUUUUUUAUAUCUGUCACAAAAUUUGUUUGAUAUAUCAUUUGUUUACAGCUUUUUCACUUAAAUAUUAUUUUACUUUAUCAGUAAAUAACAGAUAAAUUUCGUUAAAGUAGCAAGUCGUUAAUGAAUGGAGAAUUUUUUCGAAAUUUUUGAAAAAAUUAAUUAUGUCGCAAAUUGGUGAUAAAAACAUUUCUAUCGAAGAAAUGGAAGUUCAAUUUGAAAAUUCGUCAAUAGAAAAUCCCUUCGGUAAUUUAAAUCCAACAUUAGAUAAUUCCGUAAAUAUUAUCAACGAAGAUUCUCGAGACGGGGUUUCAAAUUCGUCGGCAGUAGAUAGUCAAAACAAUGCCUUGGAUAAUUCUCAAGCCAAGGAAUCGGCAUCUCAUCUUAGUGAAAGUUGUGGUAUUGGAAGUUUUUAAGCGAUUGUUUUAGACAAUAUUAUUGUGAUUAAUUGUUUUUGUAUUUUUUAUUUGGAAUUUAAAUAAUCGUAAUGAAAGUCUAUUUUAUAAACGAUAGAUAAAUAAUAAAACAUUGGACAUUUUGCAUAGUUUAGACUGAUAAUUUCUUUAAAUAUUUUAUUUUUUUGUACGCAUAAUACAUUUUAUUUUUUAAAAAAUUCUGAACAUUUUUUCAAGAUAAACUUUUUAGUAUCUAUAUUAUCACUCCUUUUAUAAAAUUUACGCAGAUUUCCUAAAUUUUACAAGUUGUUUAUUUAUUAAUUUCAUUUAUUUAUUUAUUAAAUUGAAAUCUCCAAUUUUCACUUUACAAAUAUUUCUUAUUUUUUCAGAUGAAUUUAUUUUCAUAGAGAAUGAUUUGUAUCAUUUUUUAAAUUCUUCGCUACCAGGAAAAGUAAUAUUGGGGAAAUAUAAGAAAAACAGAUAUGUUGAUUACUCUCUAUUAAAACACUUGAUCAUUUACAGAGAAAUAGCAGAGGAUCCGAUAAAUCAUAAAAUAAAAUCUGCAGUUUUUAAAAGAAUAAGAGAUCAAGUGACAGAAUUGUUUCCUACGGAAGAUCCCGAGUAUCUUUAUGUUCCAUAUUCCGAAAGUAAAAGUAGAGAUACCGUAAGUGCCAGAGGAUGCAUGUACAAUUAUUAUAGGCUUGUCAGAAAAGACUUUCGUGAAGCAGACAUUUUAACAGACGAAAACUCUGUAAAUGAAAUUAGUGACCAGAGCGCUAGCAAUUUGACUUCUGUAGUAACUUCAUGUCCAGAAUCGAGUUCAUUAACAGAAAUUUCCAAAUAUUGGGAGGAUACUUUUAAAGAACGGAGAAUAAAGCUUCAGGAAAAGGAAAAGAAAACUAAAACUUGUUCUUUACAGACUUAUUUUAGAAGUUUCGAAUGCUUGAAAGCUCCACUUGGAUUGUCAUUGUUGGAACAGGAUUUUUACACAAUUGCAGAGGAAAUUUAUUCUAAGAAAAAGGAAAAAUUACCAGAUUACUCGAAAUUGCUUUUAACCGAGUGGCCCAUUUUGGCAAAAAAAAUUUUACUUAUUUGUGAAAAAUCCAAAGCUGUCGAUGUAAAACAGUUCGUUCUAAAUCACGCAAUAUUAAUCAAAAAAGGUACUCACGAUAGUAUAUUGGCUUUAAUGGUAUUACCAUUAAUUCUUAGAUCUGCUCCUAAAAAAGUAGAACUCAAUUCUGGACCAGUUACUGUGACGAAGCAAGAAAGUUCAAAAUGUUUCAUUCUACACAUACAGAAUGCUGACGAUUUGAAUGAUGAGCAGAACAGUUUUGAGACUUGGUUGAUAGAUAGAAGUCAAGAAAUUUACCCUUACUUAAUUUUUUUGGGCAAUGUCGAAAAUCCACAAAUUUCUAUAGUUGUAAACAGCGAAAGGUAUGCCUUUACGGAUCCCUUAAAAGCUAUCGACUGCUGUUUUAAGUGUUUGAUUGCUUUGGAUUCGUUCUCAUUUCUUUGCGAUUUUGUGUGGUUGUUCCUUGAUAAGGUGAUUUACAAACUUGAUUAUUUAAACACUAAGAACACCUGGGUCACCAAAUUUGUAGUAGAUUUAAAAAAGUUAUAAAGUUUAUAUAACAGAGUUA